UCAUUGGCCAGGUCACAUGAAUCUGGGUGAUGGAGGUUCGAUCUUCAUAACAAGUUUGUCUUCGCCGAUAUUUAGCCGGUAAUUCCUUAACAUCAUAUUCUAGUCUAUGUGUUUUUAGACUUCUUCUUACUUUCUAGAAGGCUCAUUCAAUUCAUGUCGGGGAAAAUAGGAGAGGAUCUUUAAUUUUUUAGUGAUUAGAUUUGAUUUACCAGAUACAGUAUUUGUCGAAAAAUCCCUCAUGAAAGAUGUAACAGUACUUCCGUUUGGAAAAUCCAUUAUACAUUUGAGGUGAACCUUAAUGAUUGCUCGAGUCUUUAUUUUCAGUCAGUUAAAGUACACUGUACGUGGUAGUAUCAGCUUUGUCAAUUUGUGUCGGAAAUCAUAAAACAGUGUCUUGUCGAAACAGCUGAUUUUGCGUUAUUUUGAUCUGUUUUCCUUCAGUUUCAAACUAUGGCCGGUUACGAGAGCUUCACAGAUAUUGCCACAGACAAGGGCGUGGAAGAUCCAAAUCUUUCCUCAGGUAAAGUUUAUUCGUUUAUCUAUCCUAUUUAUUUAUUUGUCUAUCUAUUUGGCGCUGUUUGAAUUAAUUUGCGUACCUAUCAGGUACUAAGCUUUUAGUACCAUUGCUCAGGUGAUCACAGAUAUUCUUGCACUCUGAUUGGUUGAGGAUUGCAACAUAUCUUGCUGUAAUCUCACAGUGGAAGGUAAUCAUAACUGGGGUGCUAAAAUGUUUGGAACAAAUUGAAAAGUGUCAAGAAAAUAACUUGAGGCAAAAAUGAAGACUCAUUUGAAAGUAAAAAACAGAAUAAUGAUUAUGAAGAGAGAAAGUGCUAGUGACCAGUUCAAAAUUGAUAGGAGGGACCUGAAGCAAACCACAACUGCAAUGGCACAGAGGACAUGGCUAAACAAUGGCUCAGCAUACAUGUGCAUUUUAAAACUUUGUACAAUACUUAACUGUCCACUCCAAAAUACAUUAAAAUCACCAGAAUUUGCUGGUCUGAAAAAGGAAACCACGACAGCAAAUUGUUUAACUUUCCAUUUGGAACUCAAUCCAGCUUAGAUACAAUAUGCUGAAGUUGAGAUGUGACACUUUAACCUUUUAACUCCCAGAUCAAAUUUGUAAUUCUCUUUACUGUCAACCAUACAAUUCUUAGAAUGUUAUUUCAGAGAAUUUGGUAUUGGAUCAACUAAUCAUCCCCAAAUUGAUAUUUUUCUAUUUUCUCGUCACUUAUCUGGUUAAUAUGAGGAGAAAUUCUGUCUUGGUCACUCAUGGGAGUUAAAGGGUUAAGAGACUGUAAACACCUCAAGCCACUUGUGAAAUUCCAGCUGAAAUAUAAAUUAAUUUUUUAAAUGACAUCUCUCAAGACAUAACUAUUCUGACUGUGUAAGGUCCCUAUUAGUUUGAACUUGAUUGGCAGGGAGGGUACUUUGAGUUUUUUGGACCAAUUACAUAGAAAAGUAAGGCAAAAUCAAAACAUUCUGAAAUAACUUUUAAUACUCAAUUGAAAAUUACUCUAUCAAGAGAUAAUAGUCACAGUUACUGGCUGUGAGAGCCAAUUACCCUUACCUGCUCCAUCCAUAUCUUUGUAUCUUUUGCAGCCAUUGUUAUGCCAUUUGGAUUGUUAUCAGUUGAGAGUGAAGAAGUUAGGAAACAGAAAGUCAACUGGCAGACUUAUGUUCAGUAAGUUCCAUGCCCUUUCUCAUCAGGAGACCUUAGCUCUGUAACAAAUUAGAGAAAAAUUGAAUUUUUCCAUAGCUAGGCAUGCAAAAUAUUAUCAUUCUAAGUAGUUGAGUCCUAAACAAGAAUUUCAACUUUUCCUACUAAGAUUGUAACAUUUGGUGAUGAUUGAUGGUGUUUCUAAGACAAUUAUUGAUGAUGCUGAUAACCACAUUGAUACUUUUAAAAGUAAUGACAGAGAAGACAAUAAUGAUCCACAGGAAUGACAAAACAUUGUAGUUAUUCAGCUACACAACCCACCCAGACACACUGCCAACUUAAGAAUGCAAAAAUGUCAAUUUUCCAACAGGAUAUUUUUGUGAAAAUAUUCCAUUAUAAAAGGUACCAUUAGUUUUAGUGAUUUGCAGGUGCGCAGUGAGAGUAAAAAUUGUGCACCUAUAAAUAGAGUAAGUACAGAUGAUUUAGAUGAUCUGUUCUAACAACAAUUUGAACUUUUGUCCAUUUUUGCUUUGCAAACAGAGGGAAAUGGGUUCAAAAUGAUUUCAGUGUCAAAAUUACUACUGGCAUGUAUAUUAAUAAUGCAGGGAUGUAGCUAAAGUUUUUAACAGGCGGGAAUCUUGCAAUGAUAGGCAGGUAUUUGGGCUGAAGGCCCACUCUUACAUGCCUUUGGCACGCUAUACGUAGAAGGUGUAAGCAAAUGAAAUAAAUAAAUAACAAUCUUCUGACAACAUUUAAAAACAUUUUGGAGAAAGAAGUGGUGCUUCACAGCCAGAAAAAUUGCGUUCACAGCUGGGUAAUUUUCCCGGCUUCUGGCUAUUAUCUACAUCCCUGCUAAUGUCUUUUAGUUAUUAUAUGAUGUUAUUUCUGACUGGAUUAAUUUAAUUUCAUAAGGAGCCAAAUGAUAAACCCGGAGGAUUAUGAAAUGAUUGCUGAUUAUGACUGCAUGGGGGUUGAAGAAAGAGGAAAAAUUCUUGAGGAGAAGGGAGAUCAGGUAUGAAAAUGUGAAAAGUGGACAAAACACUUUCAAACUUUAUUUCUUGAGAACUGCUUCAAACUGUUCUCUUCAAUGGACUUAAUUGCCACGGCAUAUUUCUUCUUCAGUUUGCCAAGAGCUGUUUGUCAUUGCUUGCUCGACUGUCACGGGACAAGACAAUCAGAUAUAUACUUGUCCUAAUUGAUGAUAUGCUGACUGUAAGUAUUUCAAUUUUUAUUUUGCCAUAACAGCAAAUUAAGGUAGGCUGAAACAGGUGUUGAGUUUUUGACCAAUGAAAGUAGUUCCUUGUCUGUUUGAUGGUGAAGUCCAGUGAAGCACAAUGGUUUGUUAAUUUUUGGCACUUAAGUGGAUGAACAUGAAAUGGAAAAGAACAUUUAUAGAUGGGCAGUAAAUUUACAAAUAUUUCAAAUCAAUGCAUAUUUUAUUCAUAAUUACCUUUUAAACCAGUUGUUUUCUAUGCACUGUAGCAAUUAACUUCUCCUUACAAUAUCCAGCAAACAGGGAAUGAGAAACCUUGAACUUGUCAGAUAGAAGUUUUUAAUCUUGAUCGGACACCAAAUUCUCAUAACUUAUUUACAAGGAAAUGUAUAGCAGCUGGAGGGGAGAAUUAACGAUGAGAUCUUGGGAGCUUCAUGAUUAAAAUUAAGAGGUAAAAAUGAAGAUGACUUCCCAAAGAGUGUGAAAGAAAAUACAAAAAUUAUCUUAUAUUUUUUCCUUCUUUUAUAACAUUAGUUUUAGUUCGAAAAGAUGAAUUUGUGAAUUCUUUCACUUUCAGGAGGAAAGAAGCAGAGCAUCUAUAUUUCAUGAAUUUGGUGAAAGGUAAAUGUGCAUUUUGUAUUGAUUUUUGCGUGCCCUUCAUUUUACCUGAGUUUGCCUUCAGAGCUAUGAAUGAUGAAUGUUUUUUUAUGUUUGUUACACAGGGCAAAUGUCAAUGUGUGGGCUUCAUUUCUGAAAUUUCUCAACAGAGAGGAUCAAUUUAUUGUUCAUCAGGUAACAGCUGGGCUUUCACCGUAUCACUCUCAGAUGAUCAACAUUCCCCUUCUCACUUGUCUCCAGAUGUACAGUGUAGUAACUUUGCAUGUGGCUUGUGCAGUUUUGACUAAAAACUGCAAGUCUUCAGGAAAUCUGGAGCUGUCAACCUUACAAAUUUUAUGCACCAUGAAAUAGUUGUCCUUAAAGUUCCUCUCAGGGAGAAAUGAUAUUUAUUUUAAUAAUUAUUUUUUAUCACAGCCGUAUGUAAAAUAAUUGUUUUUAAUUGUAUUUUUUUCAGACAGGUAUUAUUAUAGCUAAGUUGGCUUCCUGGGGAAAAGUUUUGUUGCCAGAUUCUGACCUAAAUUACUUCCUGUCUUGGAUGAAAAAUGGCCUGGCAUCAGCAGUAAGUAUUUAACCCUUAAACCCAAGAGUGAUCAGCAUCUGAUUUCUCCUUACAAUAUCAUCCCUGAAUCAACCAUUAAGGUCACAAGAAUAAAGGAAUUGAUCACUAAUUGAAGAAACUCUUGAUUGUUAAACAAAUUCUCCUUGUCAGAACCUUAGGAAAUGUAUAGAGAACAGUAUGGAGAAUAUGCAUACUGAUGUUAGGGUGUAAAGGGUAAACACAUUGCUGUAACCUUGAAUUAUUUUUUAUCAGGCUGAAUGGUUUGCCGUAAAUGAAGAGCCAACACGAAGGGAUACGCUGUUAAUAAAACACUAUUCACUCAGUUACUGUCACAUCAAUGUGUCUGAAAAUAAUUUUUUUCGUUUUUCAGGGAAAUGGGUACCAUCAUAGUGUAGCUCAGUGUCUUCAGCUGAUGUUGAGACAUCAUGUAUACAGACAAGCGUUCUUCAAGGCAGAUGGCAUUCAAAGGUGUGUUUAAACAGAAAUAUAACAGAAUUACCUCAAGCCCCUUUUACACAGGAUGCUCAACUGAAUCAAAGUGAAGCAUACUGCAUGUUCCACUCAACCCCCAGAAUGUUUUUCAGAUUCCCCCAACUAUUUCCCUGUAACCAGUUAUAAUCCUGAGGGAGGGGGGGGAGGAGGAGGGGGAGGAAGGGGGAGGAAGUGCACCUGAAUUAAAUGCAAUCAGAUGUAAUUCUUUCAAAGGCUCAUCCUUCGAGCAUCUUUAACCCUUUAACUUCCAUAGGUGAUUAACAUGAAACUUCUCCUUAUAAUAUCCAAACAUUAUCCAGCAAACAGGUAAUGAGAAAACUCAAAUGUAUCGGACAGUAGUUGUUAUUUUGAUCCAACAUCAAAUUCUCGUUACUAAUUUACAAAGAAAUAUGCAGGAGCUUGAGGGGAGAAUCAACAAUUUGAUCUUGGGAGUUAAAGGGUUAGUUGAUUUGCAGUCUUGGUUAAUUUUCAAGUCAUCUAUUUGAUGUUUUUUUUAUCUGUUUCCUUCAGUGUUGUGUCUGCUCUUGUGGCCCCUAAUAUUGGUUUCCAGCUUCAGUACCAGCUCAUUUUUGUUCUCUGGCUGUUGUCGUUUGAUCCUAGGAUUGUGGAGCGUAUGAUUGGGUAAUGAACAUGUAAAAGUUAACAUUUUUUGUUUUAAUACUGAAGCAUAGGUAGAUUUUUUUAACAGGAAGGGUAGCACACAAACACGUGUUUGGAAUUUUGGAGGAUGCCAAGAAAUUCAUGUCCUAAAACCAAAGUUCACCAAUACCUUUGGACCCCUUCCUCUUUAGUUAUGCUCAUGCGAUGAUAAAGGUAAAUCUCUCACUCACUGAACUACAACUUGUCAUGAUGAAGCAAUAAUUUUCUUUUACAGAAAUAGUGCUGUUAUUCGUGUGCUGGCCGACAUUUUGAGAGAAUCAGGCAAAGAGAAAGUGACACGGAUUAUUAUUGCUGCGCUAAGGGUAAGUUUAGUGAAGAUGGUAUUCGAGUACGGUUCAUUUCGUUGUUGGAUACUGCGGAAGAGACGUCGCUUUUUUUCGUGUUUUAGGCGGGCGGAGGUAAGCGCGAGGUGAGCGCGAGGAAAGUGCGCGAAAAGCGCACAGAAAGCGUGAGAGGCGAAUGCGUGAGUGGGGGAGCAUGGGAGGAAUUGCCACUCCUACACUGGCGCCUGACUUGCCUUUCGUGUACUCUUCACGCGUGCCUCACACACGCCCCCACUCGCCUAAAAGCAGAGAAGAGACAGCUUCUGUCCAGCACCUUAUUUUAAAGUGGAAGAUACUUCAAUUUAAGAUGAAAUGACUUUGUUUGUCGCGUACAUGCAUCAUAGGGUGCUUAAUCUAACAGGAAAACUUUCUCUUUUUCAGAAUUUGUUAGAGAAACCAGAGGAGAAGAAGAACGAAGCAGCAUUGUCUAUGAUUCAAUGCAAGCUUCUUCCUGUAAGCUGACAAACUUUGAAUUUUUCUUCUUUUUUUCCGCUACUCUCUUUUUUUAUUUUUUAUUUGUAAGGAAACGAGUAUUUCAACCUCAGUCCUUCUCUUUUCUAACGUUGAAAGGCUUCUGAAAGCCGAAGACGUUCCCAAACGAACCCACAACUAACUGAAGACUAUAAACUUUUGAGAAAUUUCCCAGAUUUGUCGUUGCGAACAAUGAGUUACAUCUGGUUAAAAUCGACGAAAAUUGAGCCAAAGUAAUAACUUCUUAAAAAACGGAAAAUAGGUAAACUGUCUCAGGAGAAUUGGAUGAAAUUUGCUUGUAAAUUAGCGCGUAAUGUAGCUACUGCAGAAAAUCUAAAACUAGGAAUGAAAGAAAUGUUUAUCGUGCCGUAAGGAAGGUAGUAAUGUAUUUUCUUCCGCUUUUUCGCUGGGCUUCUUCUCUGGGUUUCAAGCCUAAAAUGAACAGUGCUGUUCGAGAUGGGCAGGCAUUCCAGUUAGGGAUAAGCAAAUGUCUGAAGCGUACGAAUAUUAAAUAUAUAUAUAUAUAUAUAUAUAUAUAUAUAUAUAUAUAUAUAUAUAUAUAUAUAUAUAUAUAUAUAUAUAUUAUGAGAGGAAAAAAGGACGCAACUACAUUUCCCGACAAGCCUGUUUCGUGAAUCGCUUCACUCUUCAGGGGUUUUAAUUUAACCCCUGAAGAGUGAAGCGAUUCACGAAACAGGCUUGUCGGGAAAUGUAGUUGCGUCCUUUUUUCCUCUCAUAAUAUUUAUUCUGCUAUGCUUCAACGUAUUGAGCACUGUUCCACGCGAAAAUCGACUUGCAGACUUCCUAUAUAUAUAUAUAUAUAUAUAUAUAUUAUGAGAGGAAAAAAGGACGCAACUACAUUUCCCGACAAGCCUGUUUCGUGAAUCGCUUCAGUCUUCAGGGGUUUAAUUAUAACUAUAUAUUAAUUAUAACUAUAUAUAUAUAUAUAUAUAUAGUUCAAAAUGACUAAAAUGAAACACGCAUGAUUCCCUGUAACUCUGAGUUUCGUGCUUACGCACUCGUCAGACAGAUUUAAAUCUGUCUGACGAGUGCGUAAGCACGAAACUUAGAGUUACAGGGAAUCAUGCAUAUAUAUUUAUAUACAAACUCGUGUCUCUUUUCUUAGCAGGUAAUUUAGUGUUAACUAUCUCUUUUCUUAGGUUCUUUCAGUGUUGAAUGGCAAAACCUGGGUCGAUGUAGACAUAGAGGUGUGUGGUUCACUCAAGUUUUAGAAGUGUUUAAAUGCUAACAUCUCUUAACAAUGUAAAAUUCAGCAAAGAGUUGAUGCAGAUGCGCAAACUUGCUAGUUAGAGGAUUUUAUUGGAAAUGUAUGGUAGUUAUUAGGAAGAACUGCCAAGAUCUUAGAAGGUAGAGGCUUACGAAAUUAUGUGAGAUUGGGUAAAUGGGCGAGAAUCAGCAUGCAGGAAGUGUUCGGGUGAGGUAACCGGAGUCUACUCUCAGAUGCAUAAAUAGUGAACAAAAAUCAGAAACAGAUUAGAUAAAAAGUGUCCACCAGUCUUGAGUUACCGCGGAAGCUAUGGUGGUUAAGGUGAUUGCAGUUGACUCUAUACGAGAAGAAGUUUUGAAAAUCUCAGCCAGCAUCGCAUCCGUUUGGUUGAUCGCUCAGCCAUUCUAGGUCCAUAUCUCAUCUAUUUUGGCAAUUAUUACAUUGUAGGCUUCGGAAAGAGAAACAUUACUACCGCCGGAAUUGAGCUGUAUAUGGGUAAUUCCCGUUCUCAAAGGCUUCGUUAACCUUUUAGCGCCUAGAAGUGAUUAACAUGCAACUUCCCCUUAAAAUAUCCAUUCAUAAACCACCCAACAGGUUAUGAGAAUACUCAAACUUAUCAGGGUAAGGUUGUUAACUUGAUCUAACACCAAAUUCUUGCAACUAAUUUACAAGGAAAUACCUCGCAGCUAGAUGGGAGAAUUUACAAUCAGAUCUUGGGAGUUUAUUAUGUAUUUCUUAUUGCUCUUCAGGAAGAUGUGGAGUUUGUGUAUGAAAAACUAAAUGAACGUGUACAAGAUUUGAGGUAAGAAUCAUUCGCUUGUCAAGAUCAUCACAUUUUGCUCUGGUUUUUGAACAGACCUUUUUUUUUCUUUUCUCUCUCGACCCAGUACCUUUGAUGAAUACGCUGCCGAGGUUAGAUCAGGGAGACUGGAGUGGAGUCCAGUACACAAAUCGGAGAAGUUCUGGGUAACUAACUUUUCAUUUCCAAGUAAUUGAAGAUGGCUGUAACAGUUUCACGUUUUUCACUUGGUUUGAUUUUAAUACUUUAUAUAUUUUUCCUAACUUUUCCUCUCUGAUUCCGUUAUGAUCAAAAUUAUAUUUCUCAUUAACGACAAUAUUUUAGAGCAGCACGUUUCUAGGAACAGUCUUUUUGGUCACGCGCACCAAGUAUCUAUUAAAAUUAUUGUUUUUUUUUGCAGAGAGAAAACGCUCAACGUCUAAACGAAAAGAACUACGAACUGUUGAAGUAAGUUUACAACAUAUCUAUCAUAGAUCUCAGAACAUCCCUGUGUCAGGUUCUUCGUGGUGUGCCUGUGGAAGUAGAAAAGUGUUGUAUGGUGAAAUGAGAACCUGUGCAGCAGGGUGUAGUAUCUUAGGUACUGUUGCUCCGUGUUAUCAAGAUAUUACCACGAAACCUUCUAUAGUCACCAGCGUGCAAAGGUUACAAGUCGCUGGUGGAGAAGAGUUAUGAACUUAUGUAUUUGCUCUGAUAUUUUUUUCAAGAAUCCUGACUAAGUUAUUGGAGAAGUCCGCUGAUCCGACUAUUUUAGCAGUGGCGGCUCACGAUACUGGAGAGUACGUCCGGCAUUACCCACGUGGAAAACAGUAAGUUCGUUAUCCGAUUUUCAUUUCUCCAUUCGAUGGCUUUUCGGAGAAUGUAGGAAAAGAUAUUCCGGUCGUCAGCUCUCGUAAGAAAGGAAAAGAUUUGUCUCAGAUUGUAAUGACCAAAUAAAGGCAUAUUUUGGAGGUAAUGCGCGGAAACAGGUGAAUUGUCUCUAGUCCCAGUUUCCUUCGAUGUACAAGGAACGCCUGUCACAUGGUUCGUUGUAGCUGAUGGGUGACUACUUGUUUUAUUUCUAGUGUACUGGAGAAUCUUGGGUGUAAAGUGAUGGUGAUGAAGAUGAUGACUCAUAAUGACCCUAAUGUUCGCAAGGAAGCUCUACUUGCUGUACAGAAACUCAUGGUUCACAACUGGUGAGUUCUGAGAUGAUUCAUCUUUCUGAUUGUUUCUUCUGUCAAUGUGAUCAAUCCUUGAGGCUCCAAAUAACGGGAAACGUACAAGAACCGAGGUUUUGUUUCGCGGUUUGACAGGAAAAAAAUUUUUGCUGAAGAUUUUGUCAUUGACUUAAAAAGCAAAAUUACCAAGACAAAACUGAACAAGAAAAUGUUGUGACAUGAGGGUGAAGUCUGUGUAAGCGGGUAAUGUAGUAGAACGAGGUUCGGCUGUACCAGUGAUGGUGCGGUGGAAAACUUACAUCCACUAGUGAAACACGCAUUGAAAUAUUGCUGUGCGUUCAUAACUGGUCGAAACCGCGAGAGAACAUGACGCUAGUAAAAUAAAAGGUGAAAAUCUUGCAACUAGUCUUUCAGUGCUAACGGUGUUUCUCUUCCCUUAGGGAGUAUCUCGGAAAGCAGUUGAAGGCUUCCUAAAGAAAAUAAUUUAAAUAGGUAUGCAGCUGAAAAAGGAGACAAGUAUUGUGAAUUUUAUCUGAAUAUUGUCAAUUGAGUUGUAGCGGGACUAAUGUCAGAGUCUUCUUCUUGGAAAAAAGUCACAAUGAGCCGAUAGAGGCCGAAGAAAUACUCGUCAAAGCUGCGAACUGUCGAUGAUUGACGAG